UACGUGCUAUAACACAGUAUAUGGGACGGCAUUUCAGCUCUAAGAAGAAAGCAGUGUAUUAGUGUUUGUUAACUAAAUAAAUUUAUGGUAAAUUGGGAAAUAGCUCAAUUCAUAUUUGUAUUAGUUUGUGUGUGCAUUAUAACUGGUACCAGAUUUCGUUAAUGAAUUAAAUUGUUUGGAUGGCUACCAUGAGCUGGCUGGCUGUCGCGCUGCUGCUGGCGACUGCGGCUGCGCGCGCCGCCGGGAACAUCUGCCUGGGCCCGUGCAGCUGCUCAGCGGCAGAUGCGCGCCGCGUGGACUGCUCGCGCCGCCACCUGCUCGCCGGCUUCUACUCGGCGCGCGACUGGCCGCCCGCUCUGCAAGCCACCGCCGUCGACCUGAGCCGCAACCGCCUCGCCCAGGUGGGCCGCUUCCCGCGGCUGCCCGGGGUCCUCAGCCUCUCGCUGCGACACAACCAGAUAGCGCGCAUCGCGGCCUGUGCUUUCUGCGGCCUGGAGAGCCUGGAGGCGCUGGACCUGGGCCGCAACAAGCUCACAGGUUCCCAAAUUCGUUCCGACAUAUUUCACGCAUUGUUAAACUCCAGCCACUCCCAAGGAUCUGCUCUUAUAGCAUUAGAUCUUGGUUACAAUAACAUAUCGACAUUGCAAACCAAUGCUCUUAAGAGACUCGACUCUUUGCAAGAGCUUCGCCUUAACAACAACCCUCUGCUUUCUUUGGAGAAGAGUAUUCAAGAAGCUCUGCAAGAUUUAAAUAACUUACAAGUUCUUGAUCUUUCAUCUACAGGUCUCAUGUUUAUUAAUGACGACUUCUUCAAUUGUCCUUCGAUAAAAGGGAGCUUAAGAGAAUUUUAUCUGACAAGUAACCAUUUGACAGAAGUCCCUAAAAGUCUUUCAGCUUUAGGUUCAGUGCUUGAAAUAUUAUAUUUGAAUGACAACCCUAUUUACGAGCUAAACGAAACAUCGUUCAUUGGUUUGCGAGCGCUACGCAAGUUGUCGAUAAGCGAAAUGGGUAGUUUACUUCGCAUCGCAGCUGGCACAUUUGACUGUCAAGAGAAAUUGCAAGUUCUCUAUUGCUCUUCAAAUCCUCGACUCAACGAUAUAGACAAAGAUUCUUUCCGUGAACUUAAAAACAAGUGGCCGAUAAAAGAAGUGUACCUGAACAACAACAGCCUGGGCAGUCUGCCGUGCGAGCUGCUGCCUUGGUCUGAAGUGGACUUGCUGGAUAUCAGGGACAACCCGUGGGAGUGCGACUGCCGCCUGGCCUGGUUCGCGCGCGAGCUGGCGCCUGUCAUGAGGGCAAGCAUGGCGAUGUCAGCGCUGCGCCCCUACUGCGCGCGGCCGUUCCGCUGGAGUGGCGUGGGUCUGCUGGACAUGCCAGCUGACGCGGAGGCGUGGUGUUUGGAGGAGGCCGUCGGCUCGUCCUCAGGGUUGUCCUCCGGAAGGCCCGCCGCUAACCUCGUGGUGCUGGCCGUCGGCCUGUGUCUGCUCACCGGGGCGGCUGUCUGCGUUCUGUGCGCGCGCUGCAAGUACCUGGCCUCGUUGGUCCAGCCACUGAGCCAACCCUACUACGGCCUCAGGCAGUGAGCACCCUGUCAAGGGAGUUCCUUCUUUGCACACUACUUGGUGAUCGCCAAAAACCAGCAGCAGGUUUUACGGCCGUUGUCUCAAGUAGCUUGGCCUCUGGGUCGUUGCCGCGUCCUCGUCGAACAAUUCACCUGACGUUUCGGUCUACAUUGCAGUAGCCAUCAUCAGUAGGGGUAACUCCCCCCUUUUGAUGGCGACUGCAAUGUCAACCGAAACCGUCGGUGAGUUGUUCGCCAAGGACGCGGCUACCAACCCAGAAGCCAAGCUACUUCAGCAGUAUGUAUAUAUAGCUCUGUUACAUCUGGCAAAUAAACUGAAUUAACUAAUUAUAUCGUGUGUUUUUGUUUAUUUCCGAAGUAUUCCAAUUACUUUGGCCUAGUCCUUGAA